AUGCAACCAGCAGUGCGCUGGCGACCGUUCGCAGCACCCAGUGGCGUCCUUUCAGGGCCCACACGUCAGAUCGCUGACAGCUUCUCCUCUUUCCAACCUCCUUCACCGCUUUGCAGGCCAGAAGAGACCGCCCAAGCGGGCGAUGCGGGACUCAAUGUUCCCGAGACGGAGAUUGAGUCCAACUGGGACACAGUCACCGACAACUUCGAUGACAUGGAGCUCAAGCCUGAGCUUCUGCGCGGCAUUUAUGCGUACGGUUUCGAACGCCCCUCGGCCAUUCAAGCCCGAGCUGUUGUGCCCGUAAUCAAGGGCCACGACGUCAUUGCCCAGGCCCAGUCGGGUACCGGUAAGACGGCCACCUACUCGAUUGCUAUCCUCCAGCGCAUCGACCCCAGCAUCAAAGCUGUUCAAGCCCUGAUCUUGGCGCCCACUCGUGAACUUGCCCAGCAGAUCCAAAAGGUCGUCAUCGCUCUCGGUGACUACAUGAAUGUAGACUGCCAUGCCUGCAUUGGUGGUACCAACGUUCGUGAGGACAUGGCCAAGCUGCAGGACGGAUGCCAAGUCGUCGUUGGUACGCCUGGUCGUGUCUACGACAUGAUCAACCGUCGCGCCUUCAAGACGGACAAGCUGAAGAUGUUCUGCCUCGACGAGGCCGACGAGAUGCUUUCUCGAGGUUUCAAGGACCAGAUGUACGAGGUCUUCCAGCUCUUGCCCCAAGACACUCAGGUCAACCUUCUGUCCGCCACCAUGCCAGAUGACGUUUUGGAGGUCACCAAGAAGUUUAUGCGUGACCCAGUGCGUAUCCUGGUCAAGCGUGACGAGCUGACGCUUGAAGGUAUCAAGCAAUUCUACAUCGGUGUGGACAAGGAGGAGUGGAAACUUGACACUCUGUGCGACUUGUACGAGACCGUCACCAUCACACAGGCAGUCAUCUUCUGCAACACCCGUCGCAAGGUCGACUGGCUCACCGACAAGCUCCACUCUCGCGAGUUCACCGUCUCCGCCAUGCACGGUGACAUGGAGCAAGGUCAGCGUGAGGUCAUCAUGCGCGAAUUCCGAUCAGGAUCAUCGCGUGUCCUCAUCACCACCGACUUGUUGGCUCGUGGUAUCGAUGUCCAGCAGGUGUCUCUAGUCAUCAACUACGACCUGCCCUCCAACAGAGAGAACUACAUCCACCGUAUCGGCCGUGGUGGUCGUUUCGGUCGUAAGGGUGUUGCUAUCAACUUUGUCACUUCCGACGACAUCCGCAUGCUCCGCGACAUUGAACAAUACUACAACACUGUCGUCGACGAGAUGCCUCACGAUGUCGCCGACUUGAUCUAGGUCUGCAUAGAAUUUCCCCGUCGUCAGUUGUGCAGCGACUUGCGCAAACUCUGAGUCAGCCUAGAGCUUGGGUCUUUGAUUGGACAUUGACUCUCUUCCACUUUGAAUCUGAAACACAUCGUCUACUCUCACCGCCACAACGUUCAAACACAAACGCAACUACUUCCACAUCACAAUCUUCAAACAAUCUUCCGUCAUGCUGACUACAAACCGGUCGAGGAUUGGCAACCCGCGCGCAAUCGGCGCUUCUCCAUGUCAUCGAUGUGAGAGUCUACGA